GGAACUGGAGAAGCUUUACCUGGACUGUAGUCCGCGUCCAUGGUAUCCCUUCCAAUGGGUCUGGUAUCCUCUUUUUCCUGGUUUCAGCCCCUCAUCCUUGUGUGUUCUCUUUCGGUCGUCGUUCUUGCGCAGAGUCACUGUGCGAAUUAUGGUCAACCGAAUCCCAAUAAUGCCUCCGCCUGCCUCUGUCCAUCCGGUUUCGGCGGCCCGUCAUGCUCUUCUGCAGCUUGCGGUGGGGACAUAUUCCAGGGUGUCCACCGAUCUUUAGCUAGCAACGGCAAUGUCACGUCUCCAGGGUGUGCGUGCGAGAGUGGAUGGAUCGGGACAGGGUGCAACGUGUGCCAGACAUCGAGCGCGUGUCAAGGAGCGUUCAGCGCGUCUGGCGCGGCGGCAUCCAACGUGUCAUCCAUCACGAGCACUGGAGCAGGAGAAGGCUUGAAUAACGCUACGGUCGUGUGCAACACGGAGGCGAGGGUCUAUGCGGCCAGCCAAAUGAGUUGUGAAGUCCUUAAUCCGACCCUUCAGUCGCUCUACCCUCUAUCAACCGCACUGAACAUCAUUCGUACUCUCCAACCCGGCUUUUCGCCGAUUCCCAACACGACUUCUUAUGGUUCAGAGGGAUCCGUUUUCGCGUCCCUCUUUUACUCGGGCAUCGAGCAGUUCUCCUGCACAGCUGGCAACUGCACGCAGACGCUGAGCAGCACCGCAACGAAAUGGGAUUGCCAAAAUCUCAAGUGUGCGUGCAUCGCAAAUACGACGUUUUGUGGGGGCGGGGGUAUCGUGGAUAUCUCUGGUACG